AAAGAAAUGUGUGAAGACUUCAUAUAUAGUUCAUCAAUAGUUUCCAUAUUGAUACCUCCCAGUGUGUGUGUGUGUGAGAGAGAGAGAGAGUGUGUUGAUCAAUGGAGGCAAAGCAAGCAAGUCUGUCGAUCCUAAUGUUCCCAUGGCUAGCCCAUGGCCAUGUCUUCCCCUACCUCGAGCUAGCCAAGAACCUCUCGAAGCUAAACUUCACCAUCUUCCUCUGCUCCACUCCCAUCAUCCUCCAAUCCCUCCCCGACCACCGCCACAUCCCGAUCACCCUCGUCCCCCUCCACCUCCCCUCCCCGCCGGACCUCCCGCCAGAGCUCCACACCACCAAGCACGCGCCGCCCCACCUCAUGCCGCGCCUCCACGAGGCCUUCCACGCCUCCAAAGCCGCCUUCUCCGCCAUCGUCGCCUCCCUCAGCCCCAGCAUGCUCAUCUACGACUGCUUCCAGGCCUGGGCCGCCGCCGCCCUGAACAUCCCCGCCGUCCACUUCGCCACCACCGGCGCCGCCGCCUACUCCUUCUACUACCACCACCUCACCAGGAAGGGCUCCCCCUUCCCCCACGACGCGAUGUACCUCCACCGCCACGAGUUGGCGGCGCGGCGGGUCACCACCUCCGAUUUCGACGUGGAGAACUUAGACAACGGGCUUCCCUCCUUCAACCGCUCCCGCGACGUCGUUUUGAUGAAGACGUCGCCGGCCAUCGAAGGGAAAUACAUGGACUACCUUUCUCAAUUGUGUAACAAGAAAAUACUCGCCCUGGGCCCACUUAUUACAACCGCCUCCGACAACGGUGGACAUGAUUCAGACAUAAUGGAUUGGUUAAGCAAGAAAGAGAGAUUCUCGACCAUUUUCAUCUCAUUUGGAAGCGAGAACUACUUGUCCAAGAAUCAAAUGCGAGAAAUGGCGAAAGGUCUAGAAGCUUCGAAAGCCAACUUCAUAUGGGUGGUGAGGUUUCCUCGAGGAGAGAGUGAGGAAGAAGAAACCAAAGAAGCGCUGCCGUUAGGGUUUGCUGAGAGAGUUGGAGAGAGAGGGAAGAUAGUGGAGGGGUGGGCCCCGCAGACCAAGAUUUUGGCGCAUGAGAAUGUUUGUGGUUUCAUUAGUCAUUGCGGGAUGAGUUCUACGAUCGAGAGCUUGUAUUUUGGGGUGCCGGUGAUCGGCGUUCCGAUCAAGAUCGAUCAGCCGUUGAAUUCGAGGCUGCUGAUGGAGGCCGGCGUCUGCGUCGAGGUGGCGAGGGACGACAACGGAGAUUUUAGAGGAGAUGACGUGGCGGCGGCGAUCCGAAGAGUUGUGGAGAGCGGGGAGGGGAUGAGGGCCGGGGCGGCGGAGAUCAGGGAGGCGAUGAGGGCGGAGGAAGAGUGCGGGGUCGGUGAGGCCGCGGAGCAUCUCAGGCGAAUUUGUGCCCAUCGUAUGGUCUAAUUGGUGGAGUGACGAUAUUAUAAUCUCAUGAAAAUCAAGAGAAUUUAAUGUUUAUUGACUUAAUUAUAAAUUGAUGAAUAUCUAAGAAAUGUAAGUUUUUAGAAUA